AUGGAUUUUUUAAUGUCUGGAUAUUCUGCUCUAAAAGGUCAAAAGGGUCAACCUCAAUCACCACAGGAAACUAUCGAUAAAUUAUGUGAUAGAGUCAUGAACUCUACUUUACUCGAAGAUCGACGAGCUGCUGUUCAGGUUUUAAGAGGUCUUGCUAGGGACUGGCAGCUGGAUGUUGGUACCAAAGCCAUGAGUGCUUUAAUCAAUGUACUCAAGUCGGAUCGUAUGGAUGUUGAGAUCAUCAAAUCCACUCUCGAAACCCUCAAUAUUCUGUGUGCUCAGGAAGCAACCACUCCAAAAACUACAGAUCCAGCAAAUAAUGAUGGUCAUGAUGUUGGCACUAUGUUUACCGAAAUAUACACAAAGGAUGCUGCAAAUGUCACUCUGUUGUUGGAUAUUUUGGCCGAGCUCGACUUUUAUGUUCGAUUGGACACUGUUCAGUUUUUGACUACUUUGCUCCACAAUGCUGGCCCACAUUUGCAAGACUGUGUUUUGACAAGUCCCAUGGGAAUUUCAAGACUGAUUGAUCUUCUCGAUGAUCGUCGUGAAAUUAUUCGAAAUGAGGGUUUAUUGCUUUUGAUUUCUCUCACACAGUCCAAUGCCGAUAUCCAAAAAAUUAUUGCGUUUGAAAACGCAUUUGAACGACUCUUGUCUAUUAUUUUGGAUGAGGGUGCAACAGAUGGUGGAAUUAUUGUACAAGACUGUCUACAAUUGAUGCAGAAUUUAUUGAGACACAAUGUAUCCAACCAGAAUCUAUUUAGAGAAACAAGCUGCAUCAAACAGCUUGGCAAGCUUUUAGUUUCAAAAGUGCUUUCGCAUGAUCAUAACAAUGCUACUGAUCUCCCAUUGACACAUGAGCGGACUGAAUGGACUGAUCAAAAAAUGGCCAAUGUCAACUCUGUUUUAGAACUAGUUUGUAUUCUUGUGGCGGAAAAAAAUCCCAAUACAUCCAUGAAUCAGACUGCAUUGGGACAUGCCAAUGUUAUUGUUCCACUUUUUCAACUUGGUAUGGCACUCCAUGUGCCCACUCGUGUUCGUGCACAGGCUCUUUUCACUGUUGCUGAUGCCAUUCGUGGAAACUUGGUCAAUCAAGAAACCUUUGGAAAAUCAGUCAUUACUGUUGUUACUCGACCUGAACAUGUCGGCGUUUCCAACCAAAAACAGUCUCCAGGUGCACCAAGACCAAGUAUAAUCAGUAUUAUUUUGGUUGCUAUGGGUCGUGAUCAUAUUUCCAUUCGUGCUGCUGCUACUUAUAUUUUCCAGGCAUAUGUAUACAAGAAUCCUGAUAGCCAACUUGCAUUGGUUUCAACUUUUGUUCCACCUCCAGCGGACAAUCCCAACAGUAACGCAUUGGAUUUACCCGUGUCGCCAGGAUCUCUGCUUAUUUCAUCGAUUCUUGAUUUGGACGAGUCACGAAAAGAUUCGUUUAUAUCUUGGUUUGCUACUUCGAUAUUCCAGCACCUCAUCCGAGAUAACCGACAAUCCAAACAAACUGCAGCACUGAUCAAAUUUGAAGAAGGGGAGGAGCAUAUUUCAUUGCUUCACAAGUGCAUGUAUACACUUCUUUGUGCUAGUCGUAAUGGUGUGCAUUUACGUGUUCAAAUUGGGCUAUGGACUUUGCUUGCCCAAUGGCUUUAUGAUUGUCCAAGAGCAGUCAAGGAAUUUUUGACUGAAGGAAGCAACAUGCAGUUUUUGGUUGAGCAAGUGAAUCAAUCUUCUGGUGUCAAUGCUGUUGUACAAGGACUGGCUGCCUUUAUCAUUGGUCUGUGUUAUGAGUUUAAUGACGACAGUGAGCCUGUGUUUUCAAGGGCCAAUAUUCAAGGAUUAGUCAUGAGUCGUAUUGGAUCUGAUGUUUUUCAAAGUCGUUUGGAACGACUUCGCGAAUCUAAACAAUUCAACAGUUCAUUUCUGCAUAUUCUCAAGAAGAACGAGAUUGUGGAUCCAAAGAAUGGACCAGAAAUUUACUUUGAUCACUCUUUUGUUGAAUUCUUUAAAUCUCAUUAUGAUUUAAUGAUUCGAUCCGUGACGACUGUUUUACCCAAAGACGCACCCCCUGGUCAUCGUCAUGGCGUUGAUGAAUCGAGUACCCAUACCAAUCAUUUACGUGAUAACUCGACUUCGCCAAUGCAUAAUGGGUUCAAUGAAGCAGCAGCAAAUGAGAUUGCUCAACACAAGGCAGCAUUGGAAGCAUUGGAAAAAACAGUAGCGUCCCAGCAAGAACACAUAAAAAAGCUUGAAUCCACGCUUGCACAAUUCAAUCAGCCAGAAUCCAAUAACUCCACACAAGUGAAUCAACUCACCACCACGAUAACCGAAUUACAGCUUAGUCUAGAUCAGGAGCGUGCCAAACGGCUAGAGAUUGAGCAAGAGCAAGAAGAUUUACUCGUUUGUUUUGCUGAACAGGACAUGGAGAAUUCUGAAUUGAAGAAUCGAUUAAAAACCUAUGGCGAGGUGUUUGAAGAGAAUGACGAAUGAAUUGAAUAUAAAGUG